CUGCCGUCGGGAUGCGGGUGGAGGGGUAAGGGACGAGGAGCUGCCGCCGCCUCAGAGAAAGGGUGUUGAGACGCCGCUGCGGACUCGGAGCGGCGGUUUGAGCUCACGAGCGGCCCCUCCGGCGGCGCAAGGAGCCCUUCCUCGCCCCCUUCCCUUCCUUCCUCCCCCCCCGCCGUCGCCUCGCUGCCGCCGUUGCCCUGGGGCCGGGCGGGCGACCGGGAGACCGCGGCGCUUGGAUGCCUGGAGCUCGCAACAGAGACCUAACCCCGAGCCCGCCAUGGGCUGCUGCGGGAGCGCCGCCUCGCAGAGUUCCAAACGAGAGUGGAAGCCUCUGGAGGAUCGCAGCUGCACAGAUAUCCCAUGGCUUUUGCUGUUCAUUCUAUUUUGCAUUGGCAUGGGUUUUAUUUGUGGCUUUUCAAUAGCUACUGGAGCAGCUGCAAGAUUGAUUUCAGGAUAUGAUAGUUACGGAAAUAUCUGUGGACAGAAGAAUGUAAAAAUAGAGGGAAUAGGCAACAGUGGUCUAGAUCUUACAGAAAAAAAGUUUGUGUUUUUUCUGGAGCCAUGCAAUGUAGAUUUAGUACGUCGGAAGAUCAAGUCCAUUGCUCUCUGUGUAUCAGCAUGCCCACGUAGUGAGUUAAAAACUCUGGAUGAUGUUCAGAAAUUUGCAGAUAUUAAUGGAUCUGCUUUAUGUAGUUAUGAGUUAAAGCCAUCUGAAUACACUACACAUGUAAACGCUGCUAAGCUUUGCCCCAAGCUCCCAGUUCCAGAGAGUGCACCUAUUCCAUUCUUCCAUCGCUGUGCUCCUGUGAACAUUUCCUGCUAUACCAAGUUUGCAGAAGCCCUGAUCACCUUUGUCAGUGACAGUAGUAUCUUGCACAGGCUGAUUAGUGGAGUAAUGACCUGCAAAGAGAUUAUAUUGGGACUUUGCUUGUUAUCACUAGUGCUUUCCAUGAUUUUGAUGGUGAUAAUCAGAUAUAUUUCAAGAGUACUUGUCUGGAUCUUAACAAUUGUUGUUGUUUUGGGCUCACUUGGUGGCACAGGGGUAUUGUGGUGGCUGUAUGUUAAAAUGUCUCCCAAUGGCACUCUUACUGUUGAACAGCUUCAAAUAGCCAAAGACAAUCGUCAGGCCCUCCUGAUUUAUGCCAUUGCAGCUACUAUCUUCACAGUUAUCUUACUAUUAAUAAUGCUAGUUAUGCGCAAAAGAGUAGCUCUCACCAUUGCCUUGUUCCACGUGGCUGGCAAGGUUUUCAUUCAUCUGCCACUGCUUGUCUUCCAGCCAUUUUGGACUUUUUUAGCCCUCAUCCUUUUCUGGAUAUAUUGGAUUAUGGUUUUGCUGUUCCUAGGUAUUACUGGUAACCCGGUUGCAAACGAAGAGGGCUUAGUAGAGUUUCGAAUUACAGGGCCACUGAAGUACAUGUGGUGGUACCACGUUGUGGGGUUAGUUUGGAUCAGUGAAUUUAUUCUUGCCUGUCAGCAGAUGACUGUAGCAGGAGCUGUUGUGACAUAUUAUUUUACAAGAGAAAAACGGAAUCUGCCGUUCACACCAAUUCUGGCAUCUGUCAAUCGCUUGAUCUGUUACCACCUUGGAACUGUGGCUAAAGGUUCUUUCAUUAUUACCUUAGUGAAGAUUCCAAGAAUGAUUCUCAUGUAUAUUCAUAGCCAAGUCAAAGGAAAAGAAAAUGUCUGUGCUCGAUGUAUUCUAAAAGCCUGCAUUUGCUGCCUUUGGUGUUUAGAAAAGUGCCUGACUUACUUAAAUCAGAAUGCAUAUACAGCCACAGCUAUCAACAGUACCAAUUUCUGCACUUCAGCAAAGGAUGCCUUUGUGAUACUAGUGGAGAAUGCUUUGCGAGUGGCUGCUAUAAACACAGUGGGAGACUUCAUGCUCUUUCUUGGAAAGGUCUUAAUUGUGUGCAGCACAGGCUUGGCAGGAAUCAUGCUGCUGAAUUACCAGCGGGACUACACGGUGUGGGUGCUGCCCCUUAUCAUUGUGUGUCUAUUUGCAUUCCUGGUUGCCCAUUGUUUCCUGUCUAUUUAUGAAAUGGUAGUGGAUGUCCUUUUCUUGUGCUUUGCCAUUGACACCAAGUAUAAUGAUGGCAGUCCUGGAAAGGAGUUCUACAUGGAUAAAGUCCUUAUGGAAUUUGUGGAGAACAGCAGAAAAGCAUUGAAAGAAGCUGGCCGGGGGAAUGGAGGUGAAGGCAAGGAGCUCAAACCAAUGGUCUCUGGAGCAAGUUCAUCUUGAAGCUGGUCAGCCAAUAUGGAAACCAUUGACAUUCCAAAACAAUAUCUAUUUCUCUCUUUCUCUAGCUAUCUCUCUUCUAUAUAUAUCUAUAUCUAUAUUAUUUAAAAAGCAGCCAAAAUCAGAGAAAAGGAACAGGGAUUUAAUACUUUUUUAAUGAUUAUUUUUGUGAAACAUGUACUCUUUUCAUACGGGUGGCUUUUACAAGCAACUUUUAUCAUUGUUCCAUUUUUAAAAAAUCAUUGUGGUUUGUGGAGAUGUUAUGAUUGUAAUCCAAUAGAGAUUUCAAAAUUUGGAGGAGAAUUCCACUAUAUUUAAAAACAAUAAUGCAAGAUUUUCACAUUUGGAAUAACAUAAGUAGGUCAAAUAAUUUCCCCACAUUUUUAUUUUUAAUUAACAUAACAGUUUAGAAUUCAGUGAGUAAUGACGGUUCUGGGAGGAAAAAAAAACCCCUUUGUUACAAUUUUUUAUUAAUUAGAAUCAGAAUGGAUAAUACAUUAAUCAUGUCAGAUUUUGUUGCUUCUUUGUAGGAUCAAGUAAGUUUAGCAUAUUCAGAUUUUUUUGUAUUAUAUAAUUUAAGACAUUAGAAAAAACACAACCCAACUCCUCAGGUAUUAAGAUAUUGAGACAGCCCCUGAAUCUGUGAAGGACAAACUAAAGAUGUAUGAGGAAGAAUGAGUUUAAUAUGCAACUUCCGUCCUGUGUUAUCUUAUUUUCCCUGUUAGGUUUAAUCUUGUCCUUUGCACAUUGUUUUUUAUUUGAACUAAGUAGAUUCUUCACUUAAACAAUUUAAUAACAACAUUCUGAUGCUCAGCCUUAGAUAUGCUCCAUUGUUGUUCGUUCAUAACAAUAUGGAAAGAUUUAAAGAGUAGAGACAAACUGUACUACUAUACAAAAAAUAAGUACUGUAAGUUGCUUGUGGUUUUUUUUGUUUUGUUUUGUUACUGUUGACCCAUAUCUGGGACAUAUUUCAUUAUACAUUUGGUAAUUUAGUGGAGUAUAGUAGGAAAGAGCACAUAAACAUCAUUUUGAAAUGUCACUGUCUUAGUAUAUAAUGUAGGUCUUAAAGUAGUCUCUGUAUAUUCAUGGUCAUGGGACCUGAGAGCCACAUGAAUACUUCAGAAACUUCCAGAAAGCAAUAUUUCUCUCCCAUUCCAUCUUCCUUCAUUUUUAGAAUAAUUUUUUGUAAUUUUUUUAGUAAUCUGCUAAAUACUGAGACUCUUAUCCUCCUAAAAGUGUAUGCGGAGAAUAUCAGAACUUCUUGGAUAUAUGGAAACUGAUUAAUUUUCUUUUGUACCAAACCAAGAUUUGUUUGGAUGGUAGUAUAUUUGGGAAUUGAUAAGUAUCUUUUCAAUCUUUGGAGCCAAGAAUGCAAAUAUAUAUUUUACAUUGAAUCUUGAUCUUAAAUUGAUAUUGUUGGCCUUUUUAAUCUCUUUUUUUCCUGAUAACAUAGUAUCUUAAAUUUGAGACGGAAAGUUUAUCCAUUCAUUCAGAUGAAAAAUGGACAAUAAACUAUUCAAAUGAUAUUUAAUGACAAAUUGAUAUGAGAAGAUACUAUUGGGGAUGUUUCUCUUUAAAGAAAUAUAUCAACAAAAUUUCUUCUCUGUGCUUAAUUGCCAAAUGUUAUUUCAUUUAUCUUGGUAAGUUACCAAUCUUUUCUCCUCUGAGAAAUAGAUAUCUGUUUUUCUUUUGCAUUCCCUGCUUUUACUCAGUCUAACCAAUGCCUCUUACAGUAUCCUCUAUCCCCUUCCCAGUUUCAUAAAGUAAUGGUCUGAUAACUCUACUUGUAUCCUAAUAGAUUGUUUUAUUCUUUCAUCAGCCCUUAUCUCUACACCUGCCCCAAACUUUAGUAAAUGUUAUCUUGGAAUUUCACUAGAAGAAAAUAGGAAAGUAAGUACAGAUAGGAGAAUAAUUCAGCAACUUUUACUGCCAAUCUAUGCUGUACUUUAAAUCCAUUUGCCUUUCUGCAACUCUCAUUCAACAUCAAUGAUAGUUGUUUGCUAUCAUGUACAAUUUGUCUCCUAUUUGACUGGAAACACAUGGAAAUCUCUACGUUUUUUGAUAGAAAGAUGUUUAGGACCAUCAGGAUACUUUCAUAUUAAUCAUGCAUUCUCGAAAAGCACAUCUUGGUUUUCCUUUGAUCAUGUUGGUUUCUGAAUAGAACUAUGAGAAGGCAUUUGGUACCAUGUGAAAUAUUUGAAUGAUUGAUCUAUAACAAAAAUUGAUUUUUGAAACAUUCUUGAGAGUAGAUCAUCUUCAUACUCUAAUUCCAUGAAGUUUCUACCUUUUAACAGUUGGGAUCAUUUACUUCCUUUUUAUCAAUAGCCUUUCACUUUUAGGAUAUUGCUUUCUUCUCAUAUAUUCUGAGGCUUGAUCCAUGUCCCUCAUUCAUUAGAAGAUUGAUUCUUAUUAUAGAUCAGCUUUCUAGGGAUGUUCUAAGAUACAGUAUAGUCCUUGAGAUAAUCAACUUUUAUGUUAGUCAAGUUAUAACUUUGUAAGUAAUUGAGGAAGCAAUUGAGAAAACUGGCUGCUUCUUUUGCAUGGGGUCCAUAACCAGGAGACAAACUGCUAAGUUUGUUCCUGAUCAUCUCACCAAAAAUCAUUAUACAACAAAAGCUAGCAUGAUUGGGCCAGAACAACUAUUUUAGAUCUUACGGUGCAAGAUGGUACUUUUAUGGGGAAACAUCCUGUAGUUUGAAGUAAUAACCAGGAAUGUGUUUCUGCUUCUGGUUUUUGUAUUAGAUCAAGACAAAAGCAUGAUUGGUAAACCUUGCUUUCCAGAAGGUUCCAGAGUUUGAUAAGGCUCCUUCCCUAUUAAUAUGAAUAGCCAGAGACCUCUGGAAGAACUUCAUUGCCUGUUGGUAGCUUUCAUUUAUCAAGUAAUCAGUUUUGUGUGUUAAAUUCCUUUCUUCAUUCUGAAAUUUACUAUGUAAUGAAUGCUAAUAUUUCUCUGUUUGGCUUGAUGUAAUGAUAAAUGCUUAUAGUGUAAUUGCAGAGAAUAAUUUCAUGAUCUGUUUUAUGCUAUAUAUUCUUUUGUUACAAUUUUUUAAAGAAACUAUUUUUGUUAAUAUAAAAGUAAAUAUUUCAGAGUAAAAUUUUUAAACUUUAUUGCACUAAAUGCAGAUGUGGAGAUAAAAAAAAGGAAUGCCUCAGUAGUUGAAUCACUCCAGAGAAUCUUUUGGGAGAAGAGCUACUGUUCUAGGUAAGCUUAGUUAACAGUUAUGAAAUAGGUGUAGAGACAAGGUGACUGGCUACCAGUGUUUUUAUAUAUGGCUGUUUUGAUUCUGUGCUUCCUUUCAAAGGAUGAGACCUUUUCAAACUGCUGCUGAAUGAAACAUAGCAUUCUGUAAUUAACUGACAGUCUUUGCUGUGUAACUAAAUGCUUCAAUUAAUUUUUAUAAAUCAUAUAACAUCUCAAAUCUUUUCAGGCUACUUGCAAUAAAAUUCAGGACAGUUUAAAAGAAGAAUAAUCUUUUCUCAGUCAGUCAGAUAAUCCAAUAAGUUUAACAAACUAGAUUAGCCUCUGUUCCUGCUAACAUGCUGAUUUUACCAAUGUGAAUUAUGCCAUGAAAUUUCAUUUAGAGGUAGCUGACACAAAUCAAGGUUUGGAAUGCACAUUUUAGCAGGAACCAAGGUACUAGUCUAGGCUUAAUCUAGAGCACUGCUUUAAAUCUCUUUAAUGUAAAUAUUACAUGUUACUGUAAUGAUAUUGGAGGAGAAUUAUGAGGAGGAGCCUUAAUAUACAGGAGGAAGUUUUGUAGCUUUGCCCUGGCACUUAACUUCAGAUGUAGAUUGUUGUAAGUCAAUGAAAUGAUAUUUAUUGUCAAAGAAAUCUGGACUUAGCAGAUUGAAAACCACAGCAAUUGGACCACAAACAGAAAAGGAACGGCAAGACACUUAAGUAGCUCCUCCAAGGUUAUCUGCCAUUGAGUUCUACUUCAACAAUGACUCAAGAUAGGAGGCCUGGAUUAGACUCACCACUGACAUCAUCCCAAUUCCUGCAUUCCAGGCUCCACAAACUUGUGUUCCCUGCUUGCUGAAAGCCUUGAGAAAAGAGAUGCUUUUGGGUUUGAACUUGCAACUAGAAUUGUAAAGAGAAACAAAUUUUUGUAUUUUUGUAUACCUUGAUUGUGCAGCAUUUUUAUAUACAGGUCCUGUUUUACAAAUAAAAUUGGUUUCUUAA